AUGCCCCAGUCGAACGCGAAAAAGCCGUCUCGCAUCACGAUUGCCUGCAACUCCUGUCGUUCGCGAAAGCAAAAGUGCAGCGGAGGAAAAGAUAGGCCGGUUUGCACGCAAUGUCUCGAACAUAAUCGCCCCUGUGAUUGGCCGGAGCAGCUCAAACGAGGUCCCGCAAAGGGUUACAUUGAAGUACUGGAGAACCGUUUACACGAAACUGAGACUGUGCUGUUGAAAGUGCUGUCGCAGAUUUCAGAUGCUCAAUUGGCAUCGACGCUGUCCCGAGAUCAAUCGAACAGCGCGAAUGGCUAUUCACCUUUCUCGCGGAUGGGGAAAAAGGGAACUGAAUAUUGGAAGCGGUAUCCGUUGGUAACGGCUGAAAAUAUUCGAGAAUGGCAGCAAGAUUGCACUCAGGAGAUGUCUGGUUCGACUGGUGAGCAGGACAGAGUCCAUUCUGAGCCAUCAACGAGUACUGCGAUUAGCACACACGCGCAAAGAUACGAACCAAAUCAGGGCGACGCUGGUGCUCGUGGUCGUUACGAUGAUUCCCUAGAAUUCGAGUCCAGAAUGGCUCCACCCGAGGCGUCUCACUCUGUGCAUACAGCUGCAUCUCCACCCCUACGUCUGCAAGAAAAUGCAAGCACGGGCCAGUCUAGGAAACGUCAAAGAAGUGCAGGAAUGAAUGAAUCCUGCAUACUGAACUCUCCGAGUCAAUCACCCCCGGUAGAAGCUCAUCAUACAUCACAAAAGCCCAGCUUAUGGACCGGGGCUCCGCCAAUCAAAUUCCAGAAACAAUUUUUGUGGUGA